CUCGCCACUUUUACUUCUAUUCCUACCUAAUCGCCGACAGUUCACUUAGUAUUAUUAUGGUCAUAAAUGAGUGUCUGUCUAAGUGAUGCAUGCAAAUUAAACAUUUAUAUUUUGUAAUUAAAGGAAUUCAAUUUUACAUUACUGAGUAAUUUAGCACAUAACCACGAAAUGUCAUCUGGAAGACCCAUCAAAUGUGUGGUUGUUGGUGACGGAACUGUGGGGAAAACCUGUAUGCUCAUAUCGUACACUACAGACAGCUUUCCUGGGGAAUAUGUUCCUACUGUAUUUGAUAAUUACUCAGCCCCUAUGGUUGUGGAUGGGAUCCCAGUCAGUCUAGGCCUGUGGGAUACUGCGGGACAGGAGGACUACGACAGGCUCAGGCCGUUAUCGUACCCACAGACUGAUGUAUUCCUCAUAUGCUUCAGCGUGACCAGCCCUUCAUCAUUUGAGAACGUCACUUCUAAGUGGUAUCCUGAAAUAAAACAUCACUGUCCUGAUGCACCCAUGAUUCUAGUGGGGACGAAGAUUGAUCUGCGGGAUGACCGAGAGACGCUGAGCGGCUUGGCAGAGCAAGGGUUGUCACCCAUCAAGCGGGAACAGGGCCAGAAGUUGGCCAACAAGGUGCGGGCAGUCAAGUACAUGGAGUGUUCCGCUCUAACACAACGAGGGCUCAAACAGGUGUUCGACGAGGCAGUCAGAGCAGUAUUACGGCCAGAACCUCAAAAGCGACGCCAGAGGAAAUGCUCCUUGCUCUAGUUAUUCUGCCCUACAAUGUAUUUUUUCAUUUGGACUUUUGUACUGUUCUCUUUGUUGUACACAUGAACGGGUAUCUUCGUGUAGAAACAAAAUAUAAGCACAAAGGCAGAUCAGUGCACAGCGACAUUGUAUAUAAAAUAGCUUUAUCUAGUCUAGAACAUAGAUUUUGGUUUUAUUUGAUAUUAACCCUUUAAGGUUGUGUUGAUGUUUUAUGCUUCAAGUUUACAGAACUCUUUUGCACAUCACUACAUAAAUACAAUAAAAUCAUUAAACUUAA